UUUAAUUUUCUGAGCGAUAAAGAUCCACAGUGAGAGGAGAGGGAAGCAUGAACAGUGAAGAAAGAGCAUUAGGGUUUGUUCGCCUCCGGCUCCUCCUCCUUGUCUGUUGUACCAAGAUUUGACUCUAGGAUUCCAGUGUUGCGUCGAGACGUAGUCGGGAGGGAGGAAUGGUGAGGGGAUCCAUCGGGAAGCUCGUCGCCGGGUCUCUCGCCCUCGCUAGGAGGUGGCAGAAGCAGCAACUGCGGCGGCUCAACGUCCAUGAGUACCAGGGUGCUGAAUUGAUGAGCAAGUAUGGCAUAAAUGUACCAAAGGGAGUCGCAGCUUCAUCCAUUGAGGAAGUGAAGGAGGCUGUCAAAUCUGUAUUUCCCAGUGGGAAAGAGGUUGUAGUAAAAAGCCAAAUUCUUGCUGGUGGGAGAGGCUUGGGGACCUUCAAAAGUGGACUAAAGGGUGGAGUGCAUAUUGUUAAAACUGAGGAGGUGGCUGAUAUUGCUGGUUUCACUGAAGUGCCUGUUGUGGUUCGUCUGGAGGGCACCAAUGUAGAUCAAGGAAAGAGAAUUCUCAAGGAGAGUGGAAUGACUUUGAUCACAGCGGAAGACUUGGAUGAUGCAGCAGAAAAAGCAGUGAAAGCUGCUGCUCAAUAGUGAAUUUCUCGCACAAAGAUGAAUUUUCUGAAAUAAAAUUAUUUUGCUUCACUGAGCUGUGAGGACCUGACCAACAGCGCCAUGUAAUUCAG